AUGUUUACACAGUUUGGCUACUCUGUCCGAUGGAAGGUUGUGAAACUCAAAGAUUGGGGAUUGGCGCAAGAUCGCAAGCGAUUAAUCAUGAUAGCGGCGGCACCUGGAGAAAUCCUUCCAAUAUUUCCACCCUCAACACAUGGCCCUGGUCUCAAGCAUUACAAUACCAUUGGAGAAGCAUUAUCUAUGGUCAAACAGCGUGACCCGUUACAUAAUCUUACCACUGUCAAGUGGCAUCACCCUCCACGCAGGCCAUUCGACGCAGAUAGACUUGCUGAUACCAUCACAACCGGAGGCAGCGCUAGCUAUCAUCCUAGUGGUCAACGCAACUAUACUAUGAGGGAGUAUGCAUGCUUGCAAGGAUUUCCCAACUGUCACCGAUUCCUGGGCACAAAGACGCAAAUCAUCAAACAGAUUGGAAACGCCUUUGCGCCGAAUACAGUGGAAGUAUUGUAUCGCCACCUGAUGAAAUCUUUGUUGGACUCAGAUGGUAUAUCUGAUCAUGCCGUUCAUGUUGAAGUUGUUGAUUUGGAACCCGAUGUUCUGAUCGUUGAUGAUGACAGUUUCUACAGAACAACUGUCGAUGGAAGUGGCAACGAGUAUGUGGAUUUAGAAAUGCAACGAGGAAACCAGGUCGCCAUGAUUGAUCUUACUUGA